UGCAAAUAAAAUAUAAAUUGCAAUAAAACAGAUUGUAAUAAGAACAAAUUUGUUAUAUUGAAGUGAUUUUAUCUGGUUGAAAUAUAUUAAGUGAUUCACCUGUUCUCCAGGUGAGGGCGCAGUUUCCUCUAUUGAGAAUAUCUACAUAAACUAAACCAGAGAAGAAGAAGAAGCUCUGCAGUGUUUCCAUAGAGAACCACGAGCCUGAAUACUGCAGGAGAUAUGGAUCAUGAGAACACGGAGUCUCAAACCUCCAGUACUGAAAAACCCGUCAACAUGUCCAACAGAGAAAAACCUCACUGCUGUUCAGACUGUGGGAAAAGUUUUACCCAAAAGAGUUCUCUCAAAGUUCACCAGCGCAUUCACACUGGAGAGAAACCGUAUCACUGUUCAGACUGCGGGAAGAGUUUUACUCAGCGGAUUUAUCUCCAACGACACCAGAUCAUUCACACUCAGGAGAAACCGUUUCACUGCUCAGAGUGUGGACACAGGUUUAACAGACAGAGCACACUCCAAACUCACCGGCGCGUUCACACUGGAGAUAAACCGUAUCAGUGCUCAGAGUGCGGGAGGAGCUUCACUGUACAGAGUAACCUAAUAACACACCAGAGAAUUCAUACUGGAAAUAAACCACAUCACUGCUCAGACUGCGGGAGGAGGUUUACUUUACAGAGUCAUCUCAGAGCACACCAGAGAAUUCAUACCGGAGACAAACCGUAUUGCUGUGCAGUGUGCGGCAAGAGUUUUACGCAAAAGAGUAAUCUCCAAACACACCAGCAGAUUCAUACCGGAGAUAAACCGCACCAGUGCUCAGAGUGCGGGAAGAGCUUCACUCAACGCAGCAGUCUUCAAAUUCACCAGAGAAUUCAUACCGGAGAGAAACCGUAUCACUGCACUGACUGUGGGAGGAGCUUCAUCCAGCAUAGCAGUCUUCAGAUUCACCAGCGUGUUCACACUGGAGAAAAACCCUAUCAGUGCUCAGAGUGCGGAACCAGUUUCACUAGACUGGGUCAUCUCCAAGCUCACCAGAGAAUUCAUACCGGAGAGAAACCGUACCGGUGCUCGGACUGCGGGAAGAGCUUUACUGUGCAGAGUAACCUCCUAACACACCAGAGAAUUCAUACUGGAGAUAAACCCUAUCAGUGUUCAGACUGCGGGAAGAGUUUUAUUCAGCAAAAUAGUCUCAGAAUUCACCAGAGAAUUCAUACCGGAGAGAAACCGUAUUACUGCUCAGACUGCGGGAAAAACUUCAGACAUUCAAACUUCAAGACUCACAAAUGCUUAAAGAAAGAGGAAGAAACCUGAGGAUUAAAACUGAAAAAAAAAGAUUAUAUUCAUGUUGUUAUAUAUUUAUUCAUUUAUUUUGCAUCCAGUUUUGCCCAAAACGUUUAAUUUCCUAUUUUUUAUAUUCAACUACUUGCAUGAAUAAAAUCCAUUGUUUAAGAAUAGAACAUUGGUAGGUGCCGAAUUAUGAUUUUGCAUAUAUUACAGGGUUCCUGCAGGUCCUUAAGAGUCUUAAAUUAAAAUCUGGGUAAUUAAUGUCUUAAAUUGUCUCAAAUGUACUGUAAAUUUGCUGUAGGUAUUCAUUUUUUUCAGAUGCCGUGUUUAAUGCAGGUGGGAAAACAGUGCCUCAUCAUAAACAUCUAACCCGGGGAGAGAACGUUUAGCAACGAGCUAGCUAACAUUAGCGGCUAGCUACCUAACAUACUAACUUUAGCGGCUAGCUAGCUAACAUACUAACUUUAGCUAGCUAACAUUACCAGGGAUAAAACUAAGGUUAGCAGAAAGCUAGCAAACAUUAUCGGCAAGUUAGCUAACAUACUAACAUUAGCAGUAAGCUAGCUAACAUACUAACUUUAGCUUAAAUGAGCUAGCUAAUGUUACCAGGGAUAGAACUUAGGUUAGCGGAGAGCUAACUAACUCUAGCAGUGAGUUACCUAACAUACUAAAGAAACUAGAAGAACUAAAGGAAUUUUGACGACGUUUGUGGGUCUUAAAUUAUUGAGAUCUUAAAAACCAUUACAUUUCUCACACUCAUAUAUUAUAUAGAUGUAUUAAACACAGAGUGAUCUAUUUUACGUGUUUAUGUCUUUUAUUAUU